UAAAAUCGUCAUAAACGUAUUCUUUGCAGAAAGUUUCAUCGUGUACCUAUAUUAUAAAAAUAUCUUGUCAUAUAAUCUUAAAGUGUACAAUGCAGGAAGUGUCUCCAGUGAAAAAUAUGAUUAACAAUCGAGAUCGCGACUGUUUAGGCUGUAGAAUUUUCAAUGGUUGCGGUCUUAUUGGUUCGGGAUUAUAUGUAGCGUAUCAAUCAAAAAAGACACAGAAAAAUGUUGGAAAAACUAUAAUGUAUUCAAUUGGAAGCGCUUUAAUAUUCCUUGGUACGGCUCGAAUUUUGGAUCUACCUCCAUUUCGCAAACAAUUUAACCAUGGAUAA